UAAUUCCUCUAUAAUAUGCUUGAAUGUGUGGACUGAUCCUUCACUACAAGGCCGCUGCGCCUUCGCUCUCUCAGCUGCUUUGGUGUAGCGGCUGUGUAAAUUGAUACGUAAAUUUAACGUUAGCCUGCUGGUUAAACGAAAUAACAGAUAAUAUCGUGUUUGUUAUGAAUGUAAUUUUCUUUUUCUGUUUCGGCUAAAUUAGCGGCAGCUACAUGGUAAAGGCCAUCCAACUCUGUCGAUUGCAGUACCGCGCAAACGAAAUUAGUGUUUACAUUUUUCGAUGCAUAACGUUAACAUAGGGCUUUAGGGUUAGCUUGCUAGCUAGCUAUUACAGAAGCCGACACUGCGUAAAUUGUACUGUCUCCCCCAAUAUAGUCCUCUAUUUUACUUCGAUCGUCUCUUACGAAAGGAACGAUUUUAAUUCCGGUGUUUUAAAACUAUAUUUUGCUCAGAAUUGUCCUCAGUGGGCAGCGAUCAACCGCGGCUAACGUUGUAUUAGCCACCUAUUUCAGGCUUCCCUAGGGAGUUCAAGUCCAGUUGGCUCUUUAUCGUCAGAAGACCAUGACUUUGACCCAACGGCAGAAAUGUUAGUUCAUGAGUAUGAUGACGAGAGGACUCUGGAGGAGGAAGAGUCUCUGGAGGGAGGGGGUAAUUUCCGCUCUGAGAUUGCAGAUCUGGAAAAGGAGGGGAACAUGCCUUUGGAGGAACUAUUGGCCAUCUAUCGCUAUGAGGCCUCGGCAGGCUCCAGUAUAGACAGCUCAUCUGGAGACCUGACUGACGAGCUACCUGACAUGACUUUGGACAAGGAGGAAAUAGCUAAAGACCUGCUGUCUGGGGACUAUGAAGAGGAGACCCAGUCCUCAGCUGAUGAUCUAACCCCUUCAGUCACAUCCCAUGAGGCAACCGAUUUCUUCCCAAGAACACUUCGAUCCAACGCUAUAUCUGAUGGUGAUAAAGAGUCAGAGUGUGAUGAAGAUGGCCCAAGCCCAGAAGACUCCAGAAAGGAAAUAAUGGUGGGAACACAGUACCAAGCAGAGGUUCCUUCUUGCCUCUGUCACUACAUAGAUGGGGAGAAAGCUUAUGAAGAUGAAGAUGAGUUAUUAUGGAGCCCAGGCAAAUUGCCAGAAAACAAGGUUAGGAGUUUCCUGUCUGAAGUGUUGUCGCGGACAACAGAUGAAAAGAUGGGAUGUGACAAACCAGGGAUGCAUGUUCGAGACAAUGAGCAGGCUUUGUGUGAGCUCGUCAAGUGCAACUACAACACUCGUGAAGCACUAGAGAGAUACUGCAGCCGUGUUAGGUCCUCGAAAGAAAAAUCACCUCCGUGGUCGGAGGAGGAAUGCAAGAACUUUGAACACGCACUACAGAUGUAUGACAAGAAUUUUCACCUCAUACAGAAGCAUAAAGUCACAACACGAACAGUAGCAGAAUGUGUGGCGUUUUACUACAUGUGGAAAAAGUCGGAGCGCUUUGAUUUCUUCGUGCAGCAGAAUCGGUUCGGGAAGAAAAAGUACAGCAGCUACCCUGGUGUAACUGACCUGAUGGACAGGCUGGUGGAUGAAGCAGAGGGACUGGCAGUGGACAGUUCCUCCUCUGUGUGUUCAGGAGCGGGUGGGGGAGGAAGACUGGAGACCACCACAGACCAACAGCUCAGCCUGCUCAACUCCAUCACUGCCAGCGACCUCACAGCUUUGAGUAACAGUGUAGCCACAGUGUGCAGCCCUGCAGAGGUUAGUUGCCUGGACUCCUACAGCCUUUCUCAACUGGAAAGUCUCCAUCGUGGGUCCCUAAACCACGACGAAUCCCUCGGGUUCCCUUCAAAUGGUGCAGACCCUGACUGCCUCAACAUGCUGGACGCCGGCUUCUACCACUCUGACCUGGGCCAGCUAGGAGGAGUGUGCGUCAACAAGGACUGCGAGCGGCCCUCCAAGAGACUCAAGAUGGCCCUGCCUGACUCCUUUAUCAAUGACGUGUCUGUGGGUAACCUUGGAGUGGACUUCGAAGCACGACGGACAGCGGCGCACCACCACCGAAUCACCGGCGCCAAAAUGGCAGUGUCUGUCACAGACUUUGGGAGCUUGGCUGGCAGCGGCGAGCCCAACGGGUUUCUGGGAGCACAUGCACGGCACCACACACAGCACACUGCGGCACUUCAGUCAGAGUGAUCUUCCUCGUCUUCGUCCCUUGAUCUUCCCUUUUGAAACCCCUUAACCCGCUUGUACAUAAGACUGACCUCACUGGAGAAUUUGAUUUGUUUAAAUUCUAUUAUAUAUGAAUAUACUUUUUUGUUUUCAUUUUUUGUGUAAUAUGACAUCAGUGAUGUCUAUCAUAUAGAACUAAAAUCUUGAUUUCUCUCAAGAGUUUAUAUAGCCAUUUAUUUUAUUUUUGUUUUGCGGUCUUGAGAUGUGUAACGUCCAUGUACAGUGGGGCCCAGAGGCUGCAGUAGGAGAGUUGUGUAUCUUCCUCCCUCACAUCUACACACAACAUCUUCAGAGCUACAAUACGAUAUCCUGCCAUUCUUUCCAGUUGCCAAAAAAUGGCUUGGUUUUCUGCCUGUAGUGUUGGUAUUUAGUUGCUUGUCUUGUUGUUUGAAGUGGUACUUUUUUUUUUUUUUUUUUUUUUUAGUGUUUGGUUUACAGGUACCUUUUUUUUUUUAGCAACCAGGCUGGUGCAAAUUGUUUUUGCACCCAAAUAAACCUGGCUUGACAUUGUAUGAAGAGCAACACUAGAAUGGACAUUAGCUUGGACAUCAGGAAGUGUCGUGGCUUCAGCUGCUAAAGCUUUUCAGUUUGGUUUUCUUUUCUUAUUCUGUUCUCCUGUGGAAGCUUGUCCGUAGUUCGAUCUCUGCUCGUUUACUGCAAAACUCUUCAAAUUUGCCAAACUGGAACAUGCAAAUGUUUGCAACACAUAUUUUUUAAUUUAUCCAAUAAUAAUAUAAUUUAGUCAAACCCAAAUUAUAGUACCAGAUUCAUAGUUUUUCUAUUACAUUUUUAAAAUGGGUGACAAAAAAUACCUUUGUAAAGUAACAUAAUGGGUGUCACCUGGUUUUCCAGCUGGAUAUUGGAUUUUUUGUUUAAAGCCUGCUUCUUUCUAGGAGGUAAUCAGUCAGAGAAGAAAACCAUAACAGCAAUAUUGCAAUGCAAAGAUAUUGGUUGGGUUAAUAGUCACUUAAACAUAGACAUCAUCAAGCACUGUUAAGUUUGUAUUAAUUGCAUUUACUUUAAUCUUUGUGAGAUUUUGUUUAAUCCUUUUGAACUAAUUGCUUUCACUCAUGCUUCUAUUAGGCAAGCUUGGCUGUAUAUGUCUGUUUGUUAUUUGUAGUAAAACAAAAUCAUGUUAGAAUAUGCUCCUAAAUUAAGUAACGACAUUUUCAGACCACUUAGCAAGCUUGGGUAAACCUGCUAGCAGUAUUAUCUCUUUAUUUAGAGCCACUCCAUUUCUGUUUUGCCUAACCUGUACUGACUAGAGAAGACCUUGGGAAAUCUGGUCACGGGGAGUGUAAUAGCAGAAAUGGAGCCAUUUUCUCUUGACUGAAGUCCAUAAUUGUGAAUUGUAAAAUAUUUAGCAGGUCAUCGUCAGUUGAUUGGAUGCAGUAGUAGUGUUUACUUAAUUUAUCUAUGCAUUGUGCUAUGAAUAAUUAGUUUGUUUCAGGGGUACAUCACGUUUUUCAUGUUCAUAGAGCUUGUAAUUCACCUGUGUGUGUGUGUGUGUGUGUGUGUGUGUGUGUGUGUGUGUGUGUGUGUGUGUGUGUGUGUGUGUGUGUGUGUGUGUGUGUGUGUGUGUGUGUGUGUGUGUGUGUGUGUGUGUGUGUGUGUGUGUGUGUGUGUGUGUGUGUGUGUGUGUGUGUGUGUGCACGCAGACAGGAUUCAUGCCUAUAGACCAUCAUUAAGUUUUAUCAUCCAGUAAUUCAGUUUCCAAGCCCAGCAUCAGAGAAGGUAUUCACUUCUGCAUUUCAUGUAAAUAAUUAGCAAAUAGCCUUUAAAAAGUCUAUUAACUGACCUCUUACACUUGUGAAUCUGUGUUAAUACAAAGGUUUUAAUUUGAUUCCUUGUCAAAAGGCAAUAAUUUGUAGAUAUGUACAGAUAUUUUUGGUUUUGCAUUUUACCGGUUGACUUGGUGUUUGAAUUUUCUUUUCUCUCUCUUUGGAAAGUCAUGAUACCCAAACCCCCAGGACCCAGCUGAAACCACGCAUGCCAGCUGUCUCUUUCUCAAGUGUACCACUGAAAACGGCUUUACCCGAGGACGUAUUGAUAUUACUCAGUGUUGCAAAUUUUUAUUCAAAACUUGCAGCCAUGUGUAAAAGACGCUCAUCUUUCUUUCCUCGAAAAAAAUCUUUUUACAUGUCGUCGUCUAUAUUUGUCUUGAUGGUAAAGGGAUGGCUGCUGCUCUGAGUAUGUGGAGAGCUAGUUUUCUCUUUUAAUGCAAUGUGCAUAAUGCAGUAGGUCCUCCAAGCUCUUCUAGCUUUAGCAGUGCAGUGAUAUUUAUUUCACCUGUGGUUUGUACAAAGACUCAGAAAAACUGUCAGAAUGUAAAGGCCAUUAAGUAGUAGAAGUAGGUUUUUCACCACCCUGUGAACUCUCGAAAAUGUGAUAUUUUAUUGAUAUCUCUGGUAUGAGACUUGUGUGUGCAAGAAAGCACUAAACAAAUUUAUUUUAUAUUUUGUAUUGUGUUUUGAAGUUUAAAAAGGAAAACAAUUAUAGCAGUUGUGGUUUUGAAAAAGAAAACUCUUGAGUCCUUUGACGAAAACAAAAACACCUUUGUGAAUAAAAACCUACAAAACUUAAAAAUGUAUAUCCAGAAUUAUAGACAAUCAAAACCUUCACUAUGAGAAAUGUUCAAGAAGCUAUCUUUAUUGUUUAUAAGAAUUGUACAUAAACAUUUGAGUUUUUUUUUCUUUUGUUAAACAUUAUUUUGUAUUUUCUGUUGUACUUUAAUACCUUGUGUACAGAUCCAGAAAUAAAGCUCUGGAAAAGGUUCA